GCAGAAAGGAUGCGAAACAAAAUUAACGGUGUUCCUGUAUAGUUAAUUGCAAUUCAUAAUACACUAUCAUGUCGUUUGCAAAAAUAGUGCUAUGUGCGUGUUUGUUGGCUGGAAUCUUUGGCCGUAGUCUUAGUUAUACAAUAAUUCAGCGCCAUGCCACUGAUCGCGAAAACUACAACACUGAAAGUGAACGAAUACUAGAUCACACACUUAGACAUCGAGCAUUGGCGUGGCCAGAUCCUCCUUCACACCAUGACUGGUCGCAACAGUUACUCAAUCUCUUCUAUCUGACCCAAGUAAUCGCCGUGUAUCGCAUUCCUUCCAAUCCACCAUCCAAUUUGGAUCACAUCAUCCAGCAGCUUCUAGAACCGAAUUUUCAGAGUUAUCUUCGUGGACUGCUACGCGAAACCGAUGGGUUCGAAGAUCUGACAAGCUUAGACCAAGAAUAUUCAACAGUAGCAGAUUCGCUACACAAGGAAUAUUUUGUCAAUGAUCAGCGACAGCUAAUACCGGCAAUUUAUAGAACACUGAGUGCAAUUCAUUUAGAAAACUGGAUCGAUGAAGGAUUCCGUUCCAGGUUGGAUAGCCUGAAAGAUGAAGUCAAUAGAUUAACCGUUGAUGUAGUUCGUGAAGAGCAAGACAUAAUUCGUCAGCUAACACUAAACCGAGUAACUACAGAGAAACCUUGGACGAUAAGCAACUUAUUGGCUACCAUUUUCGGAAAGCAGGGCGAAGUACCUUUCGAUGAAAAAUACGACGUAAUUACCGAGAAUGAUGAUGAGCAGUGGGAUUCGGACGACGUUGAAGAAUUAUGGGUUGUCAUCGACGACUCCAGCGAAGAGGAAUCUGACCCAGAAUGGUCGUAUGAAAACGUAGAAAACCCAGUAGAGUUACCAAGUGAGUGGGAAAACAACUUUGAUCCAAGCGUCGACAUUGUUAAUUAUGCUCUUCCCGAUGAGCCACCUCGACCAAUACCGAACGACCCUGUUGUUACAGAACCAUUUAGUUAUACAUAUUACAAUGUAUUAUACGAAACUACCACGGGUCUACCACGUUUUACGGUUCGACCAAUAGAACCGGUGACAGAUACUCUUCAUUACGGGAUUACAGAAUCAAAUAGUUAUACCUAUCAUGAUAUAGCGGUUCUGCCACCUUCGCAAAUACGACCAGUAGAACCAGUAACAGAGGUGCUGUUAGUUAAACCAAAUAUAACACUUAAUGAAACGUCUGCAUCCGUUGAGGUUGAAUUGGUGAACGUAACUAUUAUAAAUAAUUCUAGUUCAUUUGGCGGACCAAUCGAACCUGUAACAAAUGUUGUUCUGGUAAACACAACAGUAAAUCAAUCGACCACAUCAAUCCAGGUUGAUCCACAAUGGGAAGUCAUUCCUACUGCAACGGAAACGUUUAGUAAUGCUUACCAUAAGGUGCCAGAAACCAUUUCGGUUUCAUCACCGCCAAUAGAACCGGUGACUGAAGUGCUUGUAUUGAAGCCCAAUAUAACAGUUAACGAGUCAUCUGUAUCAGUUGAAAUUGAACCAGUGGUAAACGUAACUAUUGUGAACAACUCAAGCUCAAUAGUAGAAUCGAUAAUAGAAGCUACUGCAGUUCCAUCGAGUACUACGUAUGAUGAAUCAAACAUUUCCAUUCAAGUAAAACCCGUGGUGAAUGUAACAGUUGUAAACAAUACAAGUACUCAAUGGGGUGCUAACAAUCCUGUUGUUACGGAGUCACUUGGUUAUGCUAAUCAUAUUGCAGUUCAGGAAAGCAUUAUCAUUCCACCACCUUUAACAAUACGGCCAGUGGAACCAGAAACCGAAAUGCUUUUAGUUAAACCAAAUACUACAACAAAUGUGUCAUACAAAACCGUUGAUGUUGAGCCAGCUAUAAAUGUAACAAUUGCUAACAAUUCGUCGAUUCUGCCAGUGAUAGAACCCAUUCCAGUUGUACCAAGGACGCCAAACAACGAGUCAAUCGUGUCCGUGCAAGUAGAACCGGUGAUUAAUGUCACUAUUGCAAACAAUUCAAACAUUCAGUGGGGAGCACUAAAUCCGGAUAUUAUGAACUCGUUUGGUAAUACCUAUCAUAAUGUAAACAAAGGAUCAACCGUUGUUUUACCGCCCGCGACCGUUAUGCCGAUAGAACUGGUAACAGAAGCCAUUCAAGUUAGUUCGAAUAUUACAACAAAUAGAACAAUACAAUCUGUUGAUAGUGAGCCAGUAAUCAACGUGACAGUUGCCAACAAUUCAAAUAUUCUGAGGCCUGAGCAACCAGACUAUAAUAAAGACAAUAAUCCUGUUUCUACAAAACCAUCCUACCAUAACUACUAUGACGUUGUGCGAGAAACUACCACUGUUAUGCCGAUAAUAAAUGGUCUUCCAAUCAAUUCAACUAUAACGGUGAAUGAGUCAACCCUAUCCGUUCAUAUUGAGCCAACGAUCAACGUCACAGUAACAGAUAAUUCCACAACAAAGCCAGUACAAUUGGUGACAGGAGUUCAUUCGCCACAGUCUCUUGCAGCAGUAAAUGAGUCUUUAUUAUCCAUUAAUGUUGAGCCAGUAGUUAAUGUGACCAUUGCCAACAACUCGAAUACGCAGUGGGAAGAUCAACACAAGUACUCAUCCCACGUUAUUAACAUUACAACAGAAACCAGUACUGAGAAAACAGAAACAAGUGAAGUUUUCACAAAAAGUUGGCAAUAUGCUUCAAUUUCUCCAAAUGCUAACAAACCUCCGAUCAAAGUAGUAGAAUCGGGGGUUUUGAAUCCGCAACAGUGGUAUCCUAACAAACCGUACGGAUAUACAACACCGCCGGUUGUUAGCAUAAGCAGUCGCUACAAAUAUUCUACAAAACAUCCUAUUUUUAUGAAAAAUCCGGUAAACACCGGUGUUACUAUAACAAGGUUACCGGGACAAAAAUGGAGUCAAAGUGGCACCUACCAACCGUAUAAAUAUGACCAUGGUAUCAAGCAGGAUGAACAAAGACAACUCACACCGGAAAAGGAGGAUUCUGACAAUAUUCCUUUGGAAAAGUCUGAACACGGAAUACAGGAAUCCGAAAUUGUGCAUGAAUCAAUUGGAGAGACCACUGGCGGUGAUGGUUCCGAUGGUUUGAUAGAACUAGUCAAUAAAAAUGGAUUUUCGGACUAUGUUGACACGGGCAAUGAAGCAACGUUUGACGACCUGAUAAUGGAUCCAACUUUUGCCAUAAAUCAACCGGACGCCAUGUUUGAAUUUCUUCCGUUUAAUGAGUCUAUUGACCAAUUCGUUGACUCAAAUGUUCCCGAUGAAUACCAAGAGGAACUUGAAGUUAACAACUACAUUGCCCAAGAAGAGCCUGAGACUACUCCGCAGUCAGAGGUCGAAGAAAGCGAUAAAUUGGAGAAUUCGGUCAUCAAUGAUUUUAUCGACGAUUAUUUCUACACAGUGGAUAAGAACGAUAAUGCCUAUGCAUUUCCAAACCAUUACAACAAACCAGAUGUAGUGUUCGAGUCGGAAAAGUUACCCCAACCGAUCGAUGUAAGUCAACCGGCUGAUUUGAUAGAGCCUGCCGAGCCGAACAGCUCACACAUCGCAAAUCAGGUAAACGAAGAGAAAAGUGAUGAAAAACCCCAUUCAGAACCGUUCCCAGCGAAAAGUAGUCAAAGUCAGCCAAUGAUUGAAGAUGUUAAAAAGUACGAAACACAUCUGACCCCGAUCGUUAUACCAGCAAACACAGAAAUCGAUCCGGAUUCUAUUCCACUAUGGUUGCAGGAAAACUUUUCUUCAGACAAUCAAACAGAAACGAAAUAUGAAACUGAAAUUUCAGCAUCGCAGAUUCCUACCCAACUAAUUUCAUCCAAUGAACAAACGGUUUACAAUACUCAUUCAGAGCCAACGAAACCUACACGUUAUGCUGUCGAGGACACCAUUACUUCUAGCUCAGUUGAUGGCAAUCAAAAUGCAUUACUCUACAUCAAACAUGAUAUGAACAGUGUCCUCGCACAGCUAGACGAGCAAACCGAUUUCCGGUUACGGGAUCGCAUUUCCUCUUCAACCGUAGACGACUUCGUUGAGCAUUUAGGUCAUACAGACGUGAUGAAAUUGUUCGAUGGCAAUCGCAUUAAUCGUACUGCUGUACUGGAAUCACUGCAGAAGUUGGUACAGAACAAACAAUUCCCAGAUGGGAACCAAAUCGUACAAAUUUUAGAGCUGCUGAAACAAGGUGAGAUGCCAUUGCCAAAUGACGGGUACUUCGACAGACACUAUGGCGCCGAUGAAGAAUUAGAUCAGAUAGAACAGCCAUCUCAAAACAUUACCAGUCAGGAUGACACUGCUGAGAUCAAAGAAUUGGUUGAUGAGUUAGAAGCCUCUAUUGAACAGGAUGAAGAGUUACGAAUGAUCGAGUCAAAAUCUCUACCGACAGAAAAUCCCAAUUUGUAUGACGACGAACCAGAAGAUCGAAUGUUGAUAGAAAGUGAUGACGUUUUGAAUAAACUGGACUGGAAAACCAGGGAUGAAAGUGAAAUACUUUCGGAAGAAGUGAAGCUUUUGACAAAUAAUACUAAAAAUCCGGCUUCAAACAACUCGCAAAUCAAAACAAAUAGCUCCCCAUUCGGAGCAGACGAGUCGGAACCAAUCGACCACAAAAUAACACACGAAAGUAAAAAUUCAACAUUUGAAGCUCGUAAAGAGACAGAGGAAGAGGAAAACUAUGACGCAAAAGAGCUUUUCGAUGAGUUAGUGCCAACAACAGAAUUGCAAGAACUUCAACCUCUGACCAAUAACAGAAAAUCAAAACAAAUUUUAAUUGAUGAAAGACAAAAACUAAUCGAUGAGAAGAAUAAUUUCAAAAAUACUGACGAGAAUUGGAAACCCAAUGAUCAGUUUGAAUUGCUUGCGGACAAACUCGACUUGAUUGUGAAAAACAACACACUAACAACUGUAGAAGAUUCAAGCAGAAAUGAACAAGUAAAUACUUUUUCAACAUUAGAUUCUCUUUCAUCAGAGGCAAGUUCAGAUGAAACUCCAGCGAAUCUCAUCCAUAUGGUAACUGAAAACAUAAUCUUGAAAGAAGUCCAAGAUCAGACUCCGGACCAAACAUUAACGCAGCCAUUUCUCGAAGAGCUUCCCGAUGAAACGGAACAUUUGGCGAUGGUUCGAAUUAACUCUGCGGAAGAUGCAGUUACUGUAACCGAAAGUCUCCACACUAUGCAACCAGAUUUGAAGAGUUACUAAUUUAGUCAUUUGUGAUACAGACCUACUAGUUUUAAGAACAAUCGUACAAUAAAGACAAGUAUUAGCGCUCAAAACUAACUAAAUUACUU